UUACAUCCGAAUCCCUUUGUUUUUAUUUUGAGGAGGCAGAAAUACUGUAUGGAUGGAAUUGGCAAGAGUGCAGUGUAGUGUACCUGCAUUUUCUGAUGUUCACAUGCAUCUCGACUUACAUCUUCUGUUGUUCAAAAAGAAAACUUGUGGAAUGUUGAUUUAUUAGUGGAUUACUCUUACUUUGCUGUACCUGUACCCCAGCCUCCCCAGAGGUUAGACGGCGGAUUAGUUUAUACAGAGCAGCUGAGCACUGCAGACUGCUUUCAUGGCAAAAACAACAUUAAUGAUAAUACAACUGAGCUAUUAAAAACGCAUGACAUAUGCGCUGUUUCAGAGAGUACCCUUCCUCCUCUCAUUUCUUGGAGUGAUAGCAAAACUAAAUAUAUUUCCUGUGCUGGAUGUACUUCUGAAGAAUUUUUGUUGCCAAACAUAACUCGUUAUUGUACAAAGAGAAAUUCGGAUCUGGACUAACAUUGAAUCUGUUGGUAUUAUAUCUAGUUACUUGCUUUCUUGUUGUUGUCACGUAAUUGGUGCUUCCAAGCUCUCUCAGCUAUCACGGGCCGUUGUUUUUCUGCUGGCAUUUGUUCUUUGUUUUGCUGCCUUACUUGUGCAGAUAUGUCUGUGCAACUGGCGUAGGGUGAUAGAUAUCACUGCUGUUUGCAAUUGUUUCUUUGGAAAAAUGUUUCUCAGUGUUGCCAGUGUGAAGGAAGCUAACUGUUAGUGUGCCAUUUGUGGUGGUGUCAAAAAUACUGACAAAACCUAAGCUGGCAAGUUAAUGGCUCUGGCAAUCAUGGUGCUUUAAGUGCAGUUGGAGGUUUGCAGACAAGUUUAGCUCAUAGUCUGUGAUGGUCCUGUACUGGAACUGAAACAAUUCUUGGCUCAACUUAUUCUCAGUAAGAAUAAUGCUGUCUUGCUGCAUUCUGUGGAUUAAGUUCAGGCUGCUUAUUUUUAAUAUUUGCGCUGUUUUCUGAAGGUUGCAGAAUACUACUAUUGAACAAGCUUUUUUGGGGGAGGAAGAAGAGUGUCUGGAUUUUGUUCUGAAGUUGAAACAUGAGUCGAGGACUCAAGGUAACUUGCCAGAACCCAAUAGAGCAUAAAGGAUCUAAAAUGACCUCCGCAUUUCAGAAGCUAGAAAACUUUGCUGUACGCAUCUUUUCUCGAGGAUCCCGGGGAGCUACUUUAGAUGGGGAGGGAGGAGAUGGUGUAGUCUUUACCUGUGAGUCAGAGUAUUGCAUCGCUUGGAAUGAACAGAUGAAGGAGUUUCUAGCAAAGGCCAAAGAAGAUUUCUUAAAGAAAUGGGAAAAUCCUGCACAGAAUACCGCCAGCCUGGAUCAGUUUGAAAGGCUGAAAACAUUGGGGACAGGUUCCUUUGGUAGGGUGAUGUUAGUCCGACAUAAGGAAAAUGGACAGCACUACGCCAUGAAAAUCCUUGACAAACAGAAGGUUGUCAAGCUGAAACAAAUUGAGCACACACUGAAUGAGAAGAGAAUUCUCCAGGCUGUCAACUUUCCCUUUCUUGUCAAGCUAGAAUAUUCCUUCAAGGACAAUUCAAAUUUAUACAUGGUUAUGGAGUAUGUACCGGGUGGUGAGAUGUUCUCCCAUUUACGGAGGAUUGGGCGAUUUAGUGAGCCUCAUGCACGGUUUUAUGCAGCACAGAUUGUCCUGACUUUUGAGUACUUGCACUCCUUAGACCUAAUCUAUCGGGACCUGAAGCCAGAGAAUCUGCUGAUAGACCAGCAAGGAUACAUUCAGGUGACAGAUUUCGGUUUUGCCAAGAGAGUGAAAGGGCGGACUUGGACAUUGUGUGGAACCCCGGAAUACCUUGCACCUGAGAUCAUCCUCAGUAAAGGUUACAACAAGGCUGUCGACUGGUGGGCAUUAGGUGUACUAAUCUAUGAAAUGGCAGCAGGUUACCCACCUUUCUUUGCAGACCAGCCAAUACAGAUCUAUGAAAAAAUUGUUUCUGGGAAGGUUCGGUUCCCAUCCCAUUUUAGCUCUGAUCUAAAAGAUUUACUUCGUAACCUUCUGCAGGUGGAUCUUACCAAGCGAUUUGGCAAUCUUAAAAAUGGUGUCAUCGACAUCAAAAACCAUAAGUGGUUUGCCACAACUGAUUGGAUUGCCAUUUAUCAGAGAAAGGUGGAAGCCCCUUUUAUACCAAAGUGCAGAGGUCCUGGUGACACCAGCAACUUUGACGAUUAUGAGGAAGAAGAAAUCCGCAUCUCAGUUACAGAGAAAUGCGCCAAGGAGUUUGCUGAAUUUUAGAAAACUGAAGGAGCACGUGAGAAAGAGACAGCUUGAUUGGGAGGGGGGAGAUCCUUUGUGUUCUCUGUGGAAAGGAAACGUGCAGACAGACUGGCUGGGAGCAGAGUCCAUGCCGCUGCUUCAACCAGGCCCACGCAUUCCAUCUGAUGGCGCAGCCUCUUGCCACGAAUGGCAAGUGACAAAUAAAAUGGACUCUAGAGUACCCCCUCCCUUGCACCCUUAUUCACCUAGACAGGACCUUGCACCCUUUCCACCAUCACCUCCUUUUUCCCCAGUGCAUAACCAGUGGUGUCAAGUAUAGAAUGACUUGAACUACUGGACCAGAGGUUGGGAGGAGGGGGAGGGGUGGCUGAAGCCACUGAACGAACUUGCAAAAUAUGCUUUCUAUCUCUGCUUUCUCGUUCAGUAGCAAGAGAUGGACAUACGCCCCCUCCCUUCCUCUAGCAGGGGGCAGGUACUGCUGCGGAAGCUUCAUUAAUAUGCAGAUAAGACUGAUCUAAUUGGUAUCUCUUGGAUUCACCAGUAUGGGGCAGUUAAGAACAAAAAAAAAUCUCCACAGGCACAAUUUGUCAAAAAAUGAAAAAUAAAAUUGUGAUCAGUGGUCCCCUGAAAAUUCUCAGCUGGGUACUGGAAAUUAAUUUGUUUUAAGUGAACAAUUGGCUGUGUCGAGUUUGUACAUUUGUCUAACAAUAAUGUCAUUUGUAACUUCCAAGACAGUGGUUUUGGAGAAGCAGAUAACCAGUUAAUGAGAAGAUGAUUUACCCUUGGGAGCCAAUGAGAUCUCAGGGUUUUUAACAUUGAUAAACCUCCUGCAGCCAUGUGCAGUGCCCCAAAAUGUGGUCAUAUGUGCUUUCCUGUUUGGUUUUUUUUGUUUUUUUUUUUAACUGAGUCCUGUCUGUUUCUUCACUGCUACCAACUGUUAUUUUUUUAACUGAUGUACAGCCAUUUAUAAAUGGUACAUGCACUACACAGCCACACAAUAUUUGAAGAGGUGUCCUUCAUAAAGUUGUGCUUUAUGAUUUCUUGUUGGCAGAGUGUGGUACUGUACAUUUGAAUACUCCUUUGGGGGGGGUGGAAAGUUUAUGCAUCUAUCUACAAGCAUUAUGAAAAUAAAUAUGUCAGCAUUUUGCCACAUGUAGCCACAGUUGUAAUAUGUUUGGACCAGAAAGUGCCACAGGAUUGGUCCUUCUUGGAGAUAAUCUCAUAGCUGAAGUCAGCCACCCAAACCUGUCCCGUGCAUUGAGUCUUGAAAGGAUCCUUGAUGAAGUAAACCUGGAGAGAAUAUAUUACCUUUCUUCAAAAAAAGUUCUGCUGCGCUGAUGUCAAAGGUUGAGGUCUCUCUUUUUUUCUGCAUAGAAACCCACUUACAGCUUCUUGCAUCUGAACUGUGCACUCCUGCCUUACCCAAAAAGUACAUAAAGAUGCAAAUGUGGACAGAAAAUUGGGGAAGCAGUGUCUUGAGUAUAGAGAACAGAAGUGAGUUUCUACCAGUUUACUACUUUGCUUUAAAAAUCAUUUAACAGAAAGAAAUGUCCAGUUACCAGAUGGUGUAUGUAACUCCCCCCCAAGAGGAAAUCUGUUUCUUAGGAUAUGUGCCACCAGCUCACCCCAAGAUCAUAUUUGUACACUUUGCAAAAAAAGCUGUUAAAUGCAUGGGACCCCAUAUUUCCUGAAGUUGCACACAUCAGAAGCCAAUUGGAAAGCUUCUAGGAAGGAGAAAACAAGCUUCACAAAUAUUCCAAAGCUAAAACAAAUCUAGAAGGUACCACUUGGUAUGUAAGCCAAGAAUUGUUCAAACUCCUUCCCUCAAAAGACCAGCCAUUAGCAGCUCAGGUAGAUAGGACCUGUGAUUGACAGUAAUGUUACUUAGUAACAACAGAGGUAAUUAUUCCACUAAUAGCAAUUUUAUUUUAAUUAUAUGGAUUUAUCCACACUUUGUAGUAAAUUUUGUGACAUAAAAUGCAGAUAUCUAUUAAUUGCAUUGUCAUAAGAUUGUAAUUGCAUUGCAGUUACUUUGUAAUUUAUUAUUACAUUGUGACUGUGUUGCAGUUUUGUUUAGGAAAGAUUGUCAUUACAUUGUAACCACAUUGCAGAUGCCUUGCAGUAGGAAUGUAAUUACAUUGUAACUGCAUUGUAGUUGCUGUGUAAUAAGUACCUGUGAUUACACUGUAAUUGCAUUGUAGUUACACCAUUUGUUGAAAAUGAUCCAUGUUGGCGUUAAUAUGGAAUUGUGACCCAAAAUAAAGUGUUUCCCCUGGUAGUUAUUGAGCUGCCAGCACAAAAAUGUAUUUCUCUCAUUUUCUAGAGUUGAUUUUGACAGUUGUAAAUGAUGACUGUUGAAUUGUUGUAUUUUAAUUAUGUACAUGUACUGCUGAUGCACACCACUCUGUAUAUCAGAAACUUAAGCUUAGAAUGGUAUUCUGAGACAGAAUGGGGCCCUUCUGUACAUUUUGGUUGCUGUUACUGCUACUGAAUGUUUUUUGUUCAGCUCUUCCUAAGAAAUAACGUACAAAAUUUAACAGCUUGCCUUUGAUUAUUACCAAGGUAGGUCAUUCCUUCAUACUUGAAAGAUAUUUUUAUUUUAGCCUGUUCUUAACUUAAUCGGUCUUGCAGGCAUUUUACAGAUAUUUGGGCUGCUACCUGAUUUCAUUGAGCCCUCUUUUGUAAAUGGGACACUUCUGUGCUUUUGUCCCUUUUCUUUGAGUUGAUGCAGCCUCAGGUGGUUAAGUAGGGACAGAGGCCUCUAAAUGGGAGAUUUUGGGGACCUGUCACCUGCUUUAUCUAGAACAGUCUUUUUAAUAGUUUUGUUUUGCAAUUUAGUGGAUGUAUUCUGCCAGUGAAAUGGGAUUCUCUUAAUUUGUCCUUAUAAAUUCAGGGCACUGUCUUGCAGCAUGUUAAAACAUGUAGAAAUACUCUUAAGUAAAUUUCUAAACUUGUGAACUUUGAAAUUAUAACAUUACCAUUAGAAAUUAUAGACUGUUUAGAAGACUGCUAUUGUACAUACACCGUUCAUAUAUGAAUGAAUGACCACAUUAAUGAUACUUGAUUUUCAAAUUCAUGCAAAAUCAUGCACUUGUAAAAUUCUGACUUCAUUAAUAAAUUUUAAUAAAUUUA